CCCAAGAUGUAUCAUAGUCCUAUCAUCCUCUUCCUGGUAUAAGCGUGUUGACACAUUACACCUAGUUGGGGUGGUAAAAACCACAUGCUGAAGCGAGUGUUUGGCAAAUGACACGGAUUUCAGGUGGGAAGACAAUCCUGCGAGAGGAAAAGCAGCCAUCAAACGCACGAGGAAACAAUGUUGCAAACAAGUUUACAAUGAAGACGCGCGCGAUAAGGUGAAUGAAAGCCAUUGCUAUUCUUAGUUCUAAGUCUGUUUUUACUUAGAGGAAAAUGAGGUUUCGACUGCUCAAAAGGAAUCUGCUCGCGCUGUUGGGUGUUACAUUUAUGGUUUUGACUCUUUUGUUUUCAACACGUGUAUUAAUAGUUUCCGAUAAUGAUACAAGUAGACUUAAUAACAACGUUCAGGGAAAUCAGGGCAUAAAUUCUGGUGAAAUGGUGAAGUUAAACUUUGGUUCGCUGCCAGAAUUGAUUCAGUCCGUUUACAAUGCAAAUUACAAGCAGAGUGUUCACAAUGCGGAUAAGUUUCCAGGGGAGCCUCAGCUGGUGCUGGUUGUACAAGUCCACAACAGGCCUGAAUACCUCAGACUGCUCAUCAAAUCACUGGAGAAAGCUGCUGAGGUCCACAGCUUCCUUCUUAUCUUUAGCCAUGACUAUUUUUCAGAAGAAACAAAUGCGAUUGUGCAAGGGAUAACUUUCUGCAAGGUACUGCAAAUUUAUUUCCCUUUCAGCACUCAGCUGUAUCCCAGCGAGUUUCCUGGUCUGGAUCCACGAGACUGCCCUCGAGACAUAUCCAAGGACAACGCUCUCAAAACAGGUUGCCUCAACGCAGAACACCCUGACUCCUAUGGGCACUACAGGGAAGCCUUCAUCACUCAAACCAAACACCACUGGUGGUGGAAAUUGCACUUUGUAUGGGAGCGAGUGCACAUGAUGCAGGGCUACAGUGGCUUUGUAAUCUUUCUGGAGGAGGACAAUUACAUCUUACCUGACUUUUUCCAUUUCUAUAAGUCAAUGAUAGAGUUCAGGAAGAACACCUGCCCAGACUGUGAUAUGCUGGCUUUGGGUAACCACAAUGGCCUGACUGAUUUUACCAGAUUGUCUAAUAAGGUGCUGACCACUGGGUGGAUGUCCACUAAACACAACAUAGGUAUGGCAAUCUCCAGAGAGGUGUACUAUAAACUGAUGGGCUGCAGCAACGAGUUCUGCACCUAUGAUGACUACAACUGGGACUGGACUCUGCAGCACCUCUCAGGAACUUGCAUACCAAAGCCGCUCAAAGUGCUUGUAGCACAGGGUUCCAGGGUUCUUCACACAGGAGAUUGUGGUCUUCACCAGAAGCAGAACUGCAGGCCAGAAUGGGCCUCACAGAGGGUGGAGGUGGGGCUUCAGAUGGCCAAGGAUGGUCUCUUUCCUCCUUCUCUUGCCCUUAGUGGUGCAGAAGCAGUGGAGCACAAGGCACACAUGAAGAAUGGAGGAUGGGGAGACAUUCGAGACCAUAUUCUGUGCAAUAACUAUGCCAAACGUCUUUGAACUGUACCUUUUCUAAAAGUAAUAUGGAGAUUGGUAUUCUGCAAAUGUGCUAUCAUUUACAACAUUUCAGGGUUUUAGAGGCUGUAAUGGGUCGUCUUCUAAGAAAUAGAACCAAAUCAAUCUAG